AUGGGAAUGAGGAACUUUAGAGGCCGAUUAGUCGUUGAUCACCAACAAAAAGUUAUUGAAGUUAUCGUAGGUUUUCAAUAUAUUUCCUUCACUAGUUGCCUUUUCAGUAAACUUGUAUUCUUUCUACCAUUCGCGGUUAAAACAGCCAUGUUGAGGGUAAAAUUACUUUUUACUUCUCUUCGCAUAAACCUGGAACCGCAAACUUUUUGGAUCAUUAGGCUAUGGUUUCUUUAUUAA